UGCAAGCAUGUUAGAAUUACAAAAGCUGAACCUGAGAUGCAUUUCCACCACAUAUAUCAGUACCAGCGGCCAACAUCAAGGCUUUCCCCACAAUAAAACCAAACGCGUUUUAUUUCAUCCAGCCAUGUCUCUUUAAGGAGGGGUCGCAGGAGGCGCGCCGGCUGCAAAGCGUCCUUCUGGUUUCCAAGGAAACGUGGGAAAGGACUGCGCAUACAGGACGGGAUAGUGCGAGACAUAGCUUCUUUUGCAGAUAUUUUAACACUUUGACAGAAACUUUCAAGAUAUAAGAGAACAAAAUUGGAGAUUGAAUGCUUUAAAUUCAUACCCAGUUGUUUAGUUCAGCAGGUGAAUGUGUGGACCUGUAUCUUGCAGCUGGGAGACAGAUGGAGAAAGACACACAAGCACUGCCUCCCCAUUCUCCUCUACAUUCCCCCCAAAAUAAUUCAGAAGCUCUUUCUCUAUCCCCCUCUCUUCCACAGCCUGCCGCUGUUCUGCCUGCAUCCCUCCCUUCCUCCCCAACCACCCCAGCCUCCUAUCUUCACUUUUCAUCUACCCCUCGGGUAUAUGGAGGAUCACACUGCCCGAGUCCUUCCUCAGUAUCUGAUCAGGAUGACCUGACCUGCCUCAGCUGGUUGCAUCAAAGGGGGGACCUGUUGCCCUUGCAGCCUCUGCCCAGAAUCACUACACUGCCUCAGAUGUUAGAGCCCGUUCCUGCCCAACAGCUGCCUCCCACCCCUGCCAAACCCCCGUACUCUUUCAGCAGUCUCAUCUUCAUGGCAAUAGAAGACUCGCCUGAGAAGAGACUCCCAGUGAAAAGUAUUUAUGAGUGGAUUGUCGAUAACUUUCCCUACUAUAGAGAGGCUCCGGGUGGAUGGAGGAACUCUGUGCGACACAACCUGUCGUUGAGCAAGAGCUUCCAACGAAUACAUCGAGACAAGAGUCAAUCUGUUGGAAAGGGCUCAUUAUGGCGUGUUUGUCCAGAAUAUCGGCCAGCUCUUCUGGAAGUUCUUAAGAAAACACAUUAUUGUCAUCGUACCAACAGCAACUUGUUGAACAAGCCUGUUUUGUUGGAGGCGACUGAUAAUGGGCAGAACAUUUUGGGUGAGUCCAUGGAAAUUUCAGAUCUAGAUUCUCUCUCCUCAAACCCGCCAUGCUCUUUGAUACCAGAUCACGAGGAGCUGGUCCCCAUGGAGUCUGUGGAACUUACAGAGGUUGCUGGCGAGGAUUCAGAGAAAGAUCCAUUGGCAGACAGCGGUUACAUUGAGUUACACUACUAUCAGUAUCAGCAAUAUCAGUACCUGGUUCUUCCAGGAGACGCAGAGCUGGACCUGGAGACGGUUGAGAUACUGCAGCUUGAUGCUGAGGCUCAGGAAGCUGCAGGGUCACUGCUUGACCUCGCGGGAGGAAACCACUGAGAGAGGAGGGUUAAUGGGGAGAUGUGGCCACUGUGAAAACUCUGGGCUUGAUGUACUAUUGACACUUUAUAACUGCCUGAACUUUUACUUACUGUAAUAAAAGGUGCAACACAAGCAAUCCCAAAUAAUGUAGUGAUUUGAAAAGACAUUUGUAGCAACUGACAACAGCACUGUGAGGGUAUCCUUGGUAUUAGUAUAUUGCAUGUAAUUUGGCUGAAAAAAGCAACUGGAAAAUGAUGAACUGUCAUUAAGAACAAAAUAUUUAUUGUUUAUUGUCAUGGUUGACAAAUAAUAUUUAAAGCACUUCCAUGCCAUUGUUCAUUAAGUCCCUCCCAUUAAAAUUCAUCUAAAGAUUUGUUGUAUACUAGGUUCAAAUUAGAGGGAUACAUUUCUGAUGUCCUUUUUUUUCUAAAGAAAAUUAGGUUUUUACAGUAUGGAAUUGUUCAAAUUGUUCAAAAUUAUGAACAUAUUCAAGUAUUAUUGAGAAAAACUGCCAGCUGUUAGUUUAGGUAGAUGAAAACAUUAAUAUCUAACCCUUAUUUCUGUUUGAUUAUUAUUAUGCUACAGCAUUCUGUAGUGAUUAGUUUUCUGUGUAGUAUGAUGCAUGUCAUAUUUUGCUUUAUUCAUGUGUUUAUUUUAUUAUUUUUAGUUUAGUAUGUUAAACAGGUUGACACUAAAUGGCACUCUGAACCCAUCCUCUUCAUGUGCAUCUCAUUUAGCAAUAAAGUACUGAAAUAUUAUGAUGAAA